AUUUCCUGUCAAUUGGAUGAUCGGAAUCAUUCAUCGGCUCUUCUACAACUAAAAUUCACGUUUCAUAACGCCUUCUCAUCAUCAAUCAUGUCAUUCCAUCCAACGUCCGCUGAAUCAAUUGAUGACCAUCAAACGAUCGAUAAUCUGAAGAACGUCUGCGAAGUUCUGGAAAGUGAAGAAUUGCAUGAAUCGCCCAUUGAUAUUAACAUUUCGAAGGUAAUUCCUGUUGAUUUAGCGCCGCCGCUUAGCUGGGUUAAUUACGAUUCUCCACCGAAGAAGAUGAAAAUUACCAACACCGGACAUACUGUAAUACUUAGUGCAAAAUGGGGCCAAGAGAGACCGUACAUAACCAGUGGCGUGCUAUCAGGAAAAUACGUGUUUUCUCAACUGCAUCUCCAUUGGGGCGCUAAUGACAUGGAAGGGAGCGAGCAUACCAUAGAUGGCCGACAAUUCCCAGGAGAAUUACACGUGGUUCUAUUCAAGAGCUGCUACUUGACUCAGGAGGCCGCACUGAAGGAAAGAGAUGGUGUAGUGAUACUCGUGUAUAUCCUGAACCUGCAAGAUCCUCCAAAUCCCAAUUUGCAACCGAUUGUAGACGCUUUGCCAGCCAUCGCCAAAGCGCACACUUCAGCCAAAGUUCCUCCAACUGAGCUGCUGUACUUGAUGACUCAGUUUGAAGCUGACUAUUUCAUUUACAGAGGUUCAGUUUGCACUUCCGACUGCGUCCAUCCGAUCAUGUGGAUGAUUACGCGGGUUCCCAUCGGAAUUUCCCCUGAUCAAAUGGACUCACUGCGAUUCCUGCUGGACAAUGAGGAUGAAUUGAUCAGGAGGAAUUUCAGACCAGUACAGCCUAUCAGCAAGAGACACAUCUUCCACAUCCUCCCAUCCACCUCCAAGUAUUCCACUUUGCUUCCAGCUCCAGUUCAGGACAUUGGCGAGAAAAUCACGCAGAUCUACCGCAUUCAGUUGCUCUACUCCAAAGAAGUCGAUGAAAGGAGGAAGCUGAUGAAAGCUCAGAAGCAGCUAGCUGUCGAGUGCCUUUUCAAGCGAGCCAAACUCAGCAACAAGGACUUUCUGAGCAGCACUGAGUCGGCUGUUUCUAGUCUUAGCAAAUACACAGAUUUUAUUUUUUAAAAA